AUGGCAGCAAGACUAGAGAAUUUUAAUGCAGGCGAUGAUUACAAGAUUGUGGAUGUGAUUGGUGAGGGUGCUUAUGGCGUUGUCUGCUCUGCUAUUCAGCAAAGCACGGGGAGAAAGGUGGCUAUUAAGCGCAUCCUACCCUUUGACCAUGCUAUGUUCUGUCUGCGUACCUUGCGUGAAAUUAAGCUUUUAAAGUACUUUCAACAUGAAAAUAUUGUGUCUAUACUGGAUAUUGUUAAACCAGCUACAUUGGAGGAUUUUACUGAAGUUUAUCUAAUCCAGGAGCUUAUGGAAACGGAUAUGCACCGGGUGAUCCGUACUCAAGAGUUGUCCGAAGACCAUUGUCAAUAUUUUACUUAUCAGACUUUGCGCGCACUGAAAGCAAUGCAUUCGGCAAACAUCCUUCACCGUGAUCUUAAACCAAGUAAUCUUCUUUUAAAUGCCAACUGUGAUCUAAAGAUUUGUGAUCUUGGUCUGGCACGUUCUGCUAAUUCUGCUGAUGAGAAUAGUGGAUUUAUGACAGAGUAUGUGGCUACCAGAUGGUAUAGAGCACCCGAGAUCAUGUUGACCUUUAAAGAAUAUACAAAGGCCAUUGAUGUCUGGUCAGUGGGGUGUAUUCUGGCAGAGUUGAUGAGUGGAAAACCAUUAUUUCCUGGAAGAGAUUACCACCAUCAACUUACCUUAAUUCUUGAUGUACUCGGUACACCCACAAUGGACGAUUUUUAUGGCAUCAAAAGCAGAAGGGCAAGAGACUAUAUUCGAUCUUUGCCUUUCAAGAGACGGAUCCCAUUUUCACGGUUAUUUCCCACUGCGAGUCCAAUGGCCGUUGAUUUACUAGAAAAGUUACUUACCUUUAAUCCAGAAAAACGAAUCACAGUAGCAGAAGCACUUGAACAUCCCUAUCUUGAACCAUAUCAUGACCCUAACGAUGAACCUGAUGCCCCUCCAAUCAAUGAAAGCUUUUUUGACUUUGACAAGUACAAGGAUCAAUUGACCAAAGAGCAAUUAAAACAACUUCUUUACCAGGAGAUCGUUAACUAG